AGUAUGUGUUUUCACUCUCUGUGUCUGAGGAGAGGGAGCAAACAGCAGGGCUCUUAUUUUUCUUUUUCCUCUCAGUCUGUGAGGAGGAUGGAGCUGGAAAUCUAAACAGGGCAGCUGGAGCCUGCAGAGUUCCAGCGAAGCUCCGAAGCCUGAUCUCCUUUCCUACUGAGCCCGUCACCAAAACCUCCCCGAUCUCUCCAGCCCUGUGGAGCGGUCGCUCCUUUGACCAUCCCAUCAGCACACCAUGAAGACCUGGGUUGUGCUUUGCUUGGCACUGCUUUGGUUGGAGCUCCACAAUGGUGACUGCCAACAAGUCAAGCGAAGAAAAGACGUGGGAGAGAACCGCAUUAGACCAGGUGGGAAACGGGUGAAGAUGCGACACCCCAAACUUAAGGAUGGAGGGGGGAAAGGCCAGUCCCUGCUGACUCAGGUCUUGGAUAAGGGCCGCUUCCUUCGCAUGGGCCAGACCACAACUCUGACUCCUGGGAGGAACAUAGAGCUGCGCUGCAAAGGCAGCAGCAUCGGAUGGUCGUACCCAACCUACCUGGACACCUAUAACGACUCACGCCUCAGCAUCAAGCAGAGUGACAAGUACAGUCAGCUGAUCCUGACGUCGCCCUCAGCUGCUGACACAGGCCCCUACAGCUGCUGGGUGAUAGUGUGUGAUGGGACAGAGUGUGAGAGGGACCACGAUCGCACCCAUGUCUCAUACAUCUAUUUCACAGACAAAGACAACCUCUUCGUCCCUUCUGCGAUCCACUUUGAGAUCGUGUACCUGCGCCCAGACAGUCCCGCUGUGGUCCCCUGUCGUGUGACAGACCCACAGGCCAAGGUGACCCUGCACAGAGAAGUCCCUCCAGAGGAGAUCCCAGCAGAUGACACCCUGGUGACCUUUGACCCCACCAAAGGGUUUGUCUUGCAGAACCCCAGUCCAGAGCACCAGGGAGUCUUGUAUUGCAAGGCUGUGGCCAAGGGCACCCCUCAGAUCUCCAUAAAGUACCAGCUUCUCUAUGUGGAGGUUCCCAGUGGUCCACCAUUUGUGAGCCUAGAGGUGUCUCCAGAGUCUGUGAGAGGAGGCGACAACAUUAAUGUAACCUGCACCGUGCUGGGGGAGCCAGAGGUGGAUGUGAGCUUCACUUGGUCUUAUCCUGGUCAGGACCUUCGUCCCGUUCACAUCUUAACUUCCUGGCGGCUGGUUAGCAGGGGUAUGGGCCACACCACACGGGUCUCCCAAAGUGUCAUGACUGUAGAGGACAUGGAGACCAUUGACUUUGGAAACUACAUCUGUAAAGCCAAAAACCAGUAUGGUGAGACAAUCGUGACAAUCGGCAUCAUCUCCAAAUAGUCCCAAUAGGCCCUGUGUUAUGUUAUGUGUGAUGCUGAAGUGUUUUUGACCUGUUGUUGAGAUAUAACUGCAAAACACCAACCAGGGAGACCAGAUGAAAUCAGCAUGUAUAUACUUAAAAUGGAUGUAUUUUUAGCAGAUGGUAAUAACAAUAAAGAUUUGC